AUGUUCAAGGCCGUGGCUAGCGAGCAUAUUCGUAUUGUGUCCUGGCAAGGGAUAUCGUGCAUUCUUCUGUCACUGGCAGCUGCGAGCGUCGGCUGGAGCAUAUUGCUGGCCAUACACAAUCUCUACCUCCAUCCUCUCCGCAGAUUCAACGGACCAAAAUUAUGGAUCGCGUUUCCCAUUCUCAAAAGCAUCGCGCAGCUUCGAGGGCAGCUCGACUUUCAGAUCCGCCAGUUCCAUCGAAUAUACGGCAACGUCGUUCGACUUGGGCCAAAUGAACUCACCUUCACAUCUGGUCAAUCCUGGAGGGACAUAUACGGACACGGACAUGUAGAGCUUCCAAAGGUUUUCCCCAAGGGUACAGGGCAUGGCGACAGUGGUCGCCCGAGCGAAAUCAUCUCCGCAGAUGCCAGAACCCACUUUCGAUUUCGAAGGGCAAUGCUGCCAGCAUUUUCAAAUAAAGCGCUCGACCAACAAGAGCCUCUCAUCCAGGUAUAUGUCGACUUGCUCAUUGACAAGCUUCGUCGAGUGGCUGCAGAAGGACGGCAAACCGAUAUGGUGCAAUGGUAUACGUUCACGACCUUUGACCUCAUCGGCGACCUUGCAUUCGGAGAGUCUUUCGGUGGUCUGAAAGCAGGCAAACAAAACGCAUGGGUGACCAACGUUGAGCGAAUGAUGAGACUCUUCCCGAUCCUCGUGCUUGCAAACGCCUCACCUUUGCUAUCCAAAAUUUUCCUUCUUGUGGCCGGAGAGAAAAUCCAGCAAUCUCGCCAAAAGCACUUGAACCUCGUCAAAGUCUUAGUGACAAAGCGACUAGAGAAAAAGGAUCGAGAGCAUCGCGGCGACUUUAUGGACUGUAUGAUGCGCUCGCACGGUCAGGAACAUGGGCUCAGCAAUGAUGAGCUUGUAGCCAAUUCAGACACCUUGAUCGUGGCCGGCUCCGAGACAACAGCCACUCUGCUUUGUGGCGUCACUUACUUUCUUCUCAGCACGCCGGAGGCCCUCGGAAAAUGUGUCAUGGAAGUCCGCAGUGCGUUCCGAAGCAGCAAGGAAAUAUCUUUUAAGACGGCAAGCAGUAGAUUGCCGUACAUGCUUGCUUGUCUCGAAGAAGCUUUGCGCCUGCUUCCACCAGUUCCGACGGUUCUGUUUCGCCAUACACCACCGGGCCAAGUGACGAUGGUAGACGGAUACGACAUCCCUGAAAGAACAUGCGUCGGAGUUCACCAUAUGUCUGCUUAUCACUCCGACACCAACUUCCACCGCGCCAGAGAUUUCUGUCCGGAACGCUGGCUUCCAGAGGUGCAGGGAGAUCCAGCUUCUCCCUUUUCCCAUGACCAACGUGACGCGUUCAAGCCUUUCAGCACCGGUCCAAGAGACUGCAUCGGCCGCAAUCUAGCUUACCAUGAGAUGCGCCUCAUCCUGGCGCAUGUUCUCUGGAACUUUGAUCUGAGGCUCGCUCCACAAAGUCGAGGGUGGACAGAGAGUCAGCGCACUUUUGCGCUGUGGGAGAAGCCUCCUCUAAUGAUUGAGCUACGGGCGAGGGCAGAUAUUGAGAAGGAAGCAUAG